AUGCCCUUACCACAAAAGAUGGAGAGGAAUACCGAUACCGAUAAGAAUGUCGAUUAUUGUACUUUUCACGCUCUAGUGAGAUAUCAGGAUCAAGGCAGAAGCGAGCUAGGCAUAUAUCUUACGGGUUUGAUACUCUGCAGACCAGCUCCCGAGAUCUUCCAGACCAACCUGGUGAUACAGAACAAUGAACAGGCUAUCCCAACUGGUAGCAUAGCCAAGAAACUCGAAGCUGGGGGCCGCAUUCCUUACAUUCCGCCUCCAUACCAAAAGCGUAUCGUAGGAAAAAGUAGUAAAAACAAAGUGAUGAUAAAAAACGCUGGAAGGGCUGGAAAGAAGGUGGAGAGCCCUUUAUCCAUGGAGCCGCAUCAGGAAAGGAAACGAGAGAGAGAUCCCUCGCUGGCUCGAGUGGCAAGGAGUAUGGGGGAACAGAAUGGAAAGGCACAAAGAGGCGUGGAAUCUCAAGCCAGGGCCUUGCAAACCUCCUUCGGGGGGCUCAUAACCCGCGCCGUUGAAUACAUUCAACGGAACAUUUGUGAAGAGUGUAGUGGACAGGACUUUGCAAACCGCAGCACUCAUAACGAGUCAAUCAAUGACCGGAGAUUGUACGAGGGGGCACCGCUUGAUGAUGCGGCGUAG